CGUGUUAAUAUCGAAGCAAAAAUAUCGACAAUUUCGUUUUCCUCUUUUUCUUUUUUAAUCCUUUUUAUCUGCCUCGAUCUGCUCGAUAAAUAAAAAGCGUCUAAAAAAUUUCCAUUCAGAUUAAUUUGUUUUUAUUCAAUAAAAAAUUUUAACGGCAAUUGAUCAUGGCGACAGGAGAGCAAUACGUGGUCGAAAAAGUUGUGGACAAACGUAUCCGAAGGGGCGUUGUUCAAUAUCUGAUCAAAUGGACCGGGUGCGAUGAUUCGCAGAACACUUGGGAACCGGAGGGAAAUCUCAAAUGUGACGCUCUGCUGAAACAGUUUCUUGAGGAGAAGGCAGAUGCUAAAUUGAAGAAACGAGGAAGGGCAUCUAAAGCAUUACCAUCGGAUAAUGAUGCAGUGGAUGCAAAGGAAGAAGGACCAAAGAAACGAGAUAGGUCAUCCAAAUCAUUGCCUUCGGAGGGUGAACAAGCCAAUGCAAAAGGCGAUGGAUCAAGGAAGCGGGGCAGAUCAUCUAAAUCACUACCUUUGGAUGAUGGGCCGAAGGAAACUAAGGAUGCGAAUGCAAAUGAAGGACCAGCAGAAAAAGUUACCAUUGAUGUUGAGAAGUCGUCGGCAACAAUUGCAUCUGAGAAGAUGAGCAAACAACCCGACGAUUCUCCGAAGGAACAAUUAAAGGAAAGUCUUAAUAAUCAGGAAGAGGUUAAAGUGGAAAAGCAAAAAGACGUAAAGAAACGUCAGCCGAAACGCCCAAAAUUGAACCAGCAACAUUCUGAACCCGCGCCGGGACCAUCCAGAGUAAGCGAAGAAUUGAACGGGUUCGAGCGCAGAUAUACCGUUGACAGCUUGGUUGGUAUCACGGAAGAAGGUGGAAAAUUGUGUUUUCUGGUGAAGUUUCAGGAGAACCCCGAAAUGGAAAUGAUCCCGUCUGCCGAGGUUCGUAAGUUUGUUCCUGAAAUGAUGAUUGAAUUCUACGAGAAUCGUAUUAUCUGGAAUCAGAAGAGCGGCGCUAAGAGACCACGAAAUUAAAUAUCCGUACAGGUAUUUAUCACUUGCAUUGAAUUCAACUUUUUGUUUUGUAUCGAAAUAUUGACUAAAGAACACUUAUUUUAACAUUGUUCUAGCUGAGCUUUUUUGUAUUAAAUGCUGUUCCAUAA